CCACCUAAAUCCCCUCCGACUGGGUCAUCAUGCACUCUCUGACCGAAUAACUUUCAUAUAAAAGGACCUCGCACGCAUUUACCAGAUAUCACUGCUAGCCAGAGUGGAACAACUUGGAUACAACAUGAAGACUCUCAUUGUUCUGGCUGCCUUCAUUGCCUGCGCUUGCGCGGGAGGUUUGGGUGGAGGCUUCGGUGGUUACGGUGGUGGCUAUGGAGGCCAUUUUGGUGGAGGGGGCCUUGGAGGGUAUGGUGGCUACGGCCAUGGUGGAGGCCAUGCUGUUGCUGUUCCUGUCGCCAAGGUGUCCUACGUCAAGAAGCCCGUCGUGAGCGUUGGAUACGUCACAAAACCAGUGGUCAGCUACGUCAAGCAGCCUGUUGCACACGUUUCCCACGUGGUCAGGCCCGUCGUUUCCGUUGGCACAGCCGUUGUUGCUAGCGGCGGAGGUUUCGGAGGUGGCCUCGGCGGUUUCGGAGGUGGCUUCGGCGGUCUCGGUGGCGGCUACGGCGGUCUCGGUGGCGGCUACGGCGGCGGUCACGGAUUUGGCGGUGGCUACGGCGGUGGCUACGGCGGUGGCUACGGCGGAGGCUACGGCGGAGGCUACGGCGGUGGCUACGGCGGAGGCUACGGCGGAGGCUACGGUGGUGGAUAUGGCGGCUACGGUAAAGGCUGGUGAAAUGUGCCGCAAGAACUCACUGUGUAAGCCUUUCUCUUCGAAUGCGCAAGGACUUCUGUUGUGCCAUGCCAAUACCGAUGUGCGUCAGUGAAACGGCCACUUCGGGAACCCCUG